AUGAAGACAGUCUGGAACCUCUUUGUACUUUCACAACUUUUGAUUAACGGCAGUGAAGCCUUUCAAGAUGCAAAAUCCUUGGGUCGAAGAAAAUUUGCUCUGUUUGGAGCCAGCAACAACAACGUCGUUCUAACCCCAAGUGAGGACAAGGAAGCCUUUGAUUCGCUCAAGAUUGGAGCCUGCAGAGUGCACCGAUACAAACGAGAUGGCAUUGAUUCGGGAAUUGAUUCGGAGACAGAAUACGUCAUGUGGUAUCAUGGUCGAUCAGAAGAGCAAGACAAGGACAAGACUUUGCCACCACUUUCCACAGGACGCAUCGGACGUGCUACCAGUAAGAAUGGGUUGUCCUGGGAGAAAGAUACCAAGGGUAGUUUGGAUGCAGACAUGCCUGGCGUUUCUCUUGGAUUGAAUACAGAUUCGUGGUGGGGGUUUGAUACAGCUCAUGUCGGACUAGGAAAUGUGCUGCUGCCCAUGAGCACUCCUGCCAUUAUCAGCGAAGGAGGAGUGUAUCUCAUGUAUUACAUGGGAGGAAGUUUUGAUGAGACUCCAAUCGGCGAUUACACGGAAAAGGAAAUGCCAGCUGAUGCUACGAUUCGAGGAAUGAAGAUGAAGAUUGGGGUUGCCAUCAGUCAGGAUGGGACUGUUUGGGGUCGCGUGGAGGGCGACGAUCCAUCUGGAGCCUGCAUGGUGCCUUUUGAUAAGGAUGAUGUCCACUCUCAAGAAAUGAUUGAUAUGAAAGAUGAAAAGGGUAACCCAGUGGGAUUGACUGAAGAACUCUAUUGCGCAUGGCCCGAUGUCGUGCCCAACAUUGACGAGAGCAACCCUGACAACUCUGGAUUCAUCAUGUACUACAGCACCAUGACCAAGAAUGACAAGGAGAAGUGCAUCGGUUCCGCAGUUUCUGCUGAUGGAUUCCGCUGGUUCAAGCGCGAAUUGGUUCUGAGACCAACCGAAGAUACUAUGGACGAAGGUGGCUGCGCCAGAGCUUCAGUAUACCGCAACGCCAAGUAUGAUGAAGACUCGAGUGCAUGGUCGGACGACAAGGGAUACACGAUGCUAUACGAAGGAGUUUCCAAGGAAGAUAACAAACACCGCAUUAUGAUGGCAGAAAGUAUGGAUGGAAAGACAUGGGCUAAGAAGGGAGUUGUUAUGGAUGUCGGAGACGACGAAGAUGCCUUUGACUGCAUGGGAGUUGGAUCACCUCACAUCCUUCGACUGGAUGAUGGAUCACAGCGAAUGUACUACACUGGUCAAGCAGCAGACGGAAGCACAGCUGUUGGGAUCGCCAAGUGCGAGCUGGGAUCAACCGAAUGGGUUCCAGAACAAGCAUCCAUCGUCUUUGCUACAGCUUAG